AUGAAUACACCAUUUCUAAAAUUAUAUUAUCGCCAAAAAUCUACAUAUCUAACUUCUGAGCAGAUAGAAACAAUUAGAUCGCUCAAAGACAAGGUACCUAAGUAUAGAAUUAUGAGAGAUUUCCAUAUUAAUGAACAUCGAGUAGAUGAUAUAUGGAAAGAUCGAGAGCGCCAACAACAAAUAAUACAAAGUACCAUUUCCACCGAGAUAUCUACACUAGUCUCAUCAACUUCAUCUAAAAAUUUUAAUCAAAUUGGAAAAGAGACUUUAUAUCCAGAAUCUACUCUCAAUACAGAAAUAAAAAAGAAAAAUUCCAAACCUCGGUCUAAAUCCGUUCGUAUAUCUGACCCAAUACCUACUAAUAACUCUAAUGCGGUAGCAUCUACACUUAAUGAGACGGAAAAAAUAAAUAGUGAGGAUCUGGGUACAUUAUAUAAAAAAGAAGCCAAAAGAGAUGAGAAAAAUAAAGCAAAUAUGACUCGCCUAUUAGCUACUACAUAG